AUGGAGGAUUCAGAAAGGCCCCCCUGUUCCCCCAAAGUGGAGCAUAAUGAUGUUGCCCCAGCAAUCGGAACAGAGGAGGCACCUUCUGCAGGUAAAGCUGGUCCUCUGCACUAAGUGUUGGGGCCUUUCCUCUGGAGAUAACAACCUUGUGUGCAUCUCCUGACAGGUUUCAAUGGAGCUUAGCCCCAGGUAAGUGUGUCUACACCAAGGCUAGGGAACCGGUGGCCUUCCAAGUGUUGCAGGACUCCCACAUCCCAUCAGCAUCACCCAGUAAGAACCAUGGCUAGGGAUUAUAGGGACUGGAGUCCAGCUGCAUCUGAAGGGUCACAGGCCCCUCGUUCUUCUGCUAGAGGAUAUCCAGAAAAACUGAAGGGCAGUAGAUUUCGGACAGGCAGGAGGACAUACAUAAUACAUCAGCCACUUACACACCAAACAUGUAAAGCACAUUAUUUGACCCUUUCAAGAAUUCUUGGAAACCAUUUACCUCACAGAGCUACAAUUCCCACCACCCUUGAACUACAGUUCCAGGAUUCUUGGGGGAGGGGGAAAUGGGCUAAAAAUGGGCACCCCUCCCCUUCAAGUAUGGCCAGUAGCCAGACCAGAGGGGGGGGGUGAGAGGAGGAGGGCCCCUGCAGCACCUGGAAGGCCACCACCAACACACACGUUUCUGUAACCCCAGGGAAACAGGGUGGCAGCCUUGGGCAGACCAGCCUCAGCAAUUGUAGGAGACACCCAGGGCUCACAGGAUAGAGAAGCCAUAGUGGCUCCCCAUACAUAGAUACAUUUGAAAUAUCUUAAAUUGAAAUUGUUAUUAUGAGGGAGAAUCAUUACUAUAGUACUGUUCGGGCUAAUAGUGGCUGCCGUAUUUUUUAAAAGCAAAGGUAAAGGUAAACGUUUCCCUUGAAACGUUUAAAAUUUAAAAUUAUAAAAACAAUAAAAAAGGUAAAGGGACCCCUGACCAUUAGGUCCAGUCAUGUCCGACUCUGGGGUUGCGGCGCUCAUCUCGCUUUAUUGGCCGAGGGAGCUGGCGUACAGGCUUCUGGCAAUCCAGAGCAGCGCAUGGAAACGCCGUUUACCUUCCUGCUGGAGCGGUACCUAUUUAUCUACUUGCACUUUGAUGCGCUUUCGAACUGCUGUUAUAAUUAUUACCGUACUGCUUAAGUUAAUAAGUGCCCGGAAGCUGUAUGCCGGCUCCCUCGGCCAAUACAGUGAGAUGAGUGCCGCAACCCCAGAGUCGGACAUGACUGGAACCUAAUGGUCAGGGGUCCCUUUACCUUUUUUAUUGUUUUUAUAAUUUUAAAUUUUAAACGUUUCAAGGGAUGAGUCAUUACUUCUGUUAAGGUUAAUAAUGGCUGAUAUAUAUAAAUACAUAAAAGUGUUACUACCUAUUUCAACUUAAUAUUAUUAUUACACGGGUGAAUUCUUACUAUUAAGGUUCUAAAUGGCUGUGUGUUACAUAAAUACAGGCCGGCAGCCAUUGAGAACCUCCAGGCAACGCAAAUGUUUCUUGUCACGAGAGCGAAUCAGUUGCUCUUUUGCCGGUGAGGGAAGAUUCCUCUCAGGACUUUCCUGGAGGCGCCUAUAUUCGCCUCCCCCGGCCCUGCUUGACGCAUUUAAUUCUCCCCGCCCCCCUCAUCUAUUUUCGAGGGGGGAGAGAGGGUGGUUUCUACGUAAAUGAAAUAAUAAUAACUGGGGCGCGUAACCGACACCCUCGCGCGCGGCCUUUCUCUCUCCCGCUCUCACUAACCGGAAGUUCUGCUCGUGCCUUCCGGAGCGACGGUGGAGAAGACCUUUCCACUCGGCGCCGCCGAUUGGACCCAUUCCGCGUCCGUCUCCCUCUGCCGACAGUUGAUUGGCUUCAACGGCCGUUUGCGCACACCGCGCUCCGCCACAUCCGGUUCCGCGCCGCCGCGCCUGCGCAGUGGCUGCGAUCUGCGUCCCGAGGGUGGCGUUGGUGGCGGCCAUUAGAGUUUUCCGAGGCGCUCGGAGAGAAGCGGCGGGAGCGAGAGAGAAAGCGGGACCCGGAGCGGAGGCGAGGGGAGAGGAAGAGCCGGGCAGCCCCCCUCGCGGAGGGGACAGGUAUGCAAAGAGAGUCGGGCCUUGGGGGAAACCGGAGUGGCCGAUUCGGAUUAACGGCUCCACAUGCGCCAAUCCGGAUUAAGGGCCGCACCUCCCCGGGAGAAGCGCCCUAAGGGACGUUUUAAAUGUGCGUGCAAAAUACGGCACGACCAAUUUAUGCGUGGAGCGUGUGUGUGUGUGUGUGUGUAUGUGUGUGUAUGUAUGUAUGUAUGUAUAUGCGUGUGUGUACAGUGGUACCUCGGGUUAAGUACUUAAUUCGUUCCGGAGGUCAGUUCUUAACCUGAAACUGUUAUUAUCCUGAAGCAAAGUUCUUAACUUGAAGCACUAUUUCUGGGUUAGCGGAGUCUGUAACCUGAAGCGUAUAUAACCUGAAGCGUAUGUAACCCGAGGUACCACUGUAUAUGCUUGUAUAUAUGUGCAGUAUGUAUAUGUAUGUGUGUAUAUAACUACAUAUACGUGCAUGUGUGUGUAUAUAUAUGUGUGUGUGUGUGUGUGUGUGUGUGUGUGUGUCUGUGUAUGUACACACACACACACACACACAUAUAUGUAUGUGUAUAUAUAUAUAUAUAUAUAUAUACACACACACACACAUGUCACCUUUGUGUACGUACACACACACAUAUACGUAUUCGUACAGCUGAUGUAAUUCUAUUUGUAAGGCACCCACACUCCAGCACACGAGUCUGCAUGCAACUAAGCUUUACUUGGAGGAGACCCCCCCCAGUGAGUCACGCCCUUUGGGUCUUUCAGGAGGUCUCCUCUGAGUAGGGCUGACCUUGGCACAACUCACAUACACACACACAUUUCUAAAUGUUGAAAUGUGCCCUCAUUUGUUUGCAUGUGCCAUUUUUGUGGGCGUGUUUUGGAUGUGCUUUGAUAUUUAUAUUUAAAUGAACUGGUGAGGGAGCUGUAGCCCUGCAGCCUCUGGAGGACACUCGGAUGGCUCCCGCUGAUCAACCUCAUCAGAUGGACGGACCAGGGGUGUGAUACUGCCUUGGCCUCUUAGCCUGAGGCUUUGCCAGGCCUCCUCAGAUGAAAAGUAAAACAUGGGAAACACUGAUUUUCUUGUAGUGUAAAUCUUCCUGCAGAACAUAUUCCACAGCUUUGUGGGGUUAUUCUCCCUCAUGAGGGAUUUCUGGGAUUUUUAAUGCUUUUCUGUCUCUCCGCAGAGGUGGUGUGUUUGGGGAGUGGAGGUUGGACUGUGGAAAGUGCAGUGCAGUAGAAUUCACACCCCUUGGAAGGAGGAGCACCCACUUCUCUCUCCCUGAUUUGCUUUCUCUUCGCAGCCCUAACUCCUCAACAUGGCAGGCGUGUUCCCUUUCCGGGGGCCCUGCCCCCCAAUGCCUGCUCCCUUGACCCCACUGCCUGACUACAUGUCUGAAGAAAAGCUGCAGGAAAAAGGUAUGGCUGUGGCAGGAUCUGUGUGCCUAUUUGAGAAGGAGGAAGGCCUGUCUUUCUUCCGCUUAGACCCUGGGGGGGGGUUGCCCUCUUGGACGGAAAGGCAUUCGUUGCAAAUAGCUCUCCAGGGUUUCAGUAAGAGCACCUUCCCCAACUCUCCCUGGAGAGGGCAAGGAUUGAUGCUGAGACCUCGCCUGCUCCCCUUCCAGCUCGCAAGUGGCAGCAGCUGCAGGCCAAGCGCUAUGCUGAGAAGCGGAAGUUUGGCUUUGUGGAUGCGCAGAAGGAGGACAUGCCGCCAGAGCACGUGCGGAAGAUCAUCCGGGACCACGGGGACAUGACCAACAGGAAGUUCCGGCAUGACAAGCGGGUCUAUUUGGGGUGAGAAGGGGAGAUGGUAACCUCGGGCAGUUUGGGGGUGUGGGGUGUUUCUGGCGUUGCUUAUGUUGGGGAACAGCCAGGCCUUUCAAGGGGUGGGAGGCUGAGUUGAUUCUGGGAGCUUUUGGCAGAAUCCUUUAUGCUUUUUACUGGGAGGAUCUCCAAGUUAAGAACUUCAAAGAAGCCCUGAACUGAAUUGGACAGAAGGCCCAGCAACCUGUUUUCCCCCAUGUGGAGGCACUGACCUUCUUUGGCUUCUCAACAACUGGUCCUAAGAGGCAGACUGCCUCUGAAUGUGGAGAUUUAAUUUAGCCAUUAGGACUAGCAGCCACUGAUAGCUUUAUUUAUUUCACCCUAUUCAGUGGCUGCCUGUUCACUGCAAGUGCUUUACAGCUCUGCCUUGAACUUUCAGUGACCUGAAGUCAGCUGAUUGACAGGUGGGCAGCCCCACCCAUCUGUCAGAAGUGGCCAGCAGAGGGUUGGCAGGACAGGAUGCUGGACUAGACAGGCCCCCUUUGGUUUGAUCCAGCAUGGCAGGCCUUUUCUGAUGUUUGUAUGACAUUUGUAAGGAUUGGCCCAACCUUUAGAGCCUGUUUUAGCUUUGCUUUUCCUCCCUCCCAGUGCCCUCAAAUACAUGCCCCAUGCAGUCCUGAAGCUUCUGGAGAACAUGCCGAUGCCCUGGGAGCAGAUUCGCGACGUCCCUGUCCUGUACCACAUCACGGGGGCCAUCUCCUUUGUCAACGAGAUCCCGUGGGUGAUCGAACCCGUCUACAUUGCCCAGUGGGGGUAAGUGAGGUCUCCCAUCCGGCUCCAGGGGCUUGGUCUUGCAAUGGGCAUCUCAGCCCCUGACCCUCUUGAUCUGCUCCAGGUCCAUGUGGAUCAUGAUGAGGCGGGAGAAGAGGGACCGGCGGCAUUUCAAGCGCAUGCGCUUCCCGCCCUUCGAUGAUGAGGAGCCGCCCCUUGACUAUGCUGACAACAUCCUGGACGUGGAGCCCCUGGAGGCCAUCCAGCUGGAGCUGGAUCCCGAGGAGGACGCCCCAGUCCUGGACUGGUUCUACGACCACCAGCCUCUGAAGGACAACCGCAAGUGGGUACCAUCUUGCCUGGGCUCAUGGCUAAAGCAGAAAAUCCUCUAUGUCAGGCUCUGUACAGAAGGCAGGGAUGGAGAGAGUGGGACCAGGUAGAGAGGGAGUCAACCAGAAGGGGGUCUUUAUGGGCAUCAAAUUCUGCUACCCCAAACAAGGCAUGGCGACUGGCAGUGAUUGAGAAGCCCGCAGAAUAGGCAGAAGACAAAUUAGGGGGCUUAAAGGCAAGUUGCUAAUUUCAGUAUCAGUUUCCGUUUAUGGAAUUUGUAUCACCGCAGCAAGGAGCCUCUCUCCCCUUUCUCGUCAUCCUUUGUGGUCAUCCGUUAUUCGCAAACACUUUGAGCCCUCAGUAUGAGUUUUCCAAAUAACCUGGAUCCUAAAAAUCUACCUGAAGACUGAAUAUGUCAUUACGUACUAUCUCCUUCUGGUAACCCUCCACUCUCCUCCCCACCCUGGAUUCUGGAUCCUAAUCCCCUUUUUAAAAAAAAUAUUUAACCAAUUUAUCGAUACAAAUAUCAACCGCAAAAGACACAUACAACAAAAACCAUAGUAACAGUAAUAAUACAAUUUGACAAUUCAGAUUUGAAUACACUGAUAUACCUGUGACUACACCUUUUUAAACAAUAUUUUCCCACCUCUCUCUCCUCCCUCUACUUCCCACCACUAUCCGCCUUAUCACUUAAAUAUUCGUUCCAGAUUCUUCAUACUUAUCCAUUCUUAUUUUGCGUCGACAUGCAAUUCGUUCAUAUGUAGCUAAUCUGGCCAUAUUAUCAAUCCACGUGCUCAAUGGAAUCUUUUUGCAGCUCUUCCAAUUCAUCAAAACAAGUUUUUUUUGCUUCUAAUAUAGCACGGUACAUCCAUUUUUUUUAAUCCCUUCUUUGAUUUUUCUGCAGAAACGUACCAGGAUUGUGUUUGUUGAAUUAUGCUUUUUGUUCCAUCGUGUGUGUUAAAAAUGAAAUUACUUGGGGGGGGGGGAGCUUCACUAGGGCUUGAAACAGGUGCUGCUGGAGAGCUUUGGAAAGUGUCAGUUAGGGUGGCUGAGAGGUGAUGCACUUGCCUUUUUGGCUUGGGAGAACAGCCUGCACUCUCAACAGCCCCUUUCUCCAAGGCCGUUCCUUUGUGUCUCUGGCUGGAGAAGGGAGAGCUCUGAAGGUACACAUGGGUUGGCUUUCAGCUGGGCCCAGUAGGCACCUUCAGAGCCCUCCUUUGGGAAGCUGUGGAACUCAGGACUAGAUCUGUGCCUUCCCCAGAUGUAGGCUCCCCAUCAGUUCCAGCUGGGACCCCUGAGAAUAUCCUGCUUUUGGUGACUGAAGCGUUCCUUGUCUCUAUUGCUAAGCACUGCCAGUUUGACCUGCAAAAAUACCACACCAGGUUCUGUGUGCAAGGCCUGGUUUCUGCUGUGGGGAUAGGAAGGAGAAUGGGUUUGAAAGUUGGCUUUCUGCUCUGGGCCUGCAGAUACGUCAAUGGUUCCACCUACCAGCGCUGGCAGUUCACCCUCCCCAUGAUGUCCACCCUCUACCGCCUGGCCAACCAGCUCCUCACGGACCUUGUGGACGACAACUACUUCUACCUGUUUGACCUGAAGGCCUUUUUCACCUCCAAGGCCCUCAACAUGGCCAUCCCAGGGGGGCCCAAGUUUGAGCCCCUGGUCCGAGACAUUAACCUGCAGUAAGUGGGAGCCUUUUCCCCUUGGGGGUGGGAGGGAGAUUUGGUGUUUUAGGACCCAGGCUGAUUUGGGAGGAAGCCGAUCUGGGGUUCACUGCCCUUGGACCAUUUCAGGUGUCUUUUGACGGGACCCAGAGGUGGGGUGCUGAGAACCACUGGGGGACAGUCGCUUGACCUGUGUGGCAGUGAAAGCAGGCUUUGAGGGGGGCAACUGUAGCAGGCUGCUGUUUCCAGGGAGAUCUCUCCAAGACCAGCUUGAGGCAGGGAAGGAGGGGGCUGCCAGACUUGUUCCCCUGCCCCAUAAAGCCCUGGACCUGACCACCCACCUCCCUUCUGGUCCAAACAGGGAUGAGGACUGGAACGAGUUCAACGACAUCAACAAGAUCAUCAUCCGGCAGCCCAUCCGGACAGAGUACAAGAUCGCCUUCCCCUACCUGUACAACAACCUUCCCCACCACGUCCACCUCACCUGGUGAGAUUUUGAGGGUGGGUGGGGCUGGGCCAGUUGCAGGGUGGGGACGGGAGGGAAGGAGGAAGUGGUGGAGGGCACAGCUCUGCCUGACGUCACCUGUUCCGCGCAGGUAUCACACCCCGAACGUCGUCUUCAUCAAGACGGAGGAUCCGGACCUGCCAGCUUUCUACUUCGACCCCCUCAUCAACCCCAUUUCGCACAGGCACUCUGUUAAGGUGGGCUCAUGGAUCUAGGGAGGAGGGGGACAUUUAUUCAUUAGCGGGGGGGGGGGCGUGAGUCCACCCUGCCUUUCUGCCUUGAAAGUGGGUAGAGCAAAGAAUGGAAAUUUCCUACACACUUGUCCCCCCCCCCCCAUCUGUCCUCCGUCCAGCAAGGAAGAGGCAUCAGAAGGGCCUGAGCUUCCCCACCGCACUUACAAAGGAAGGCAGGCAGGGAGGCUCACUUAAACAACUCCGUAAAUGUUUGCUGGCAGUUUCUGGAGGGUUACUGUGUGUGCUGGUUUCUCCUUCCAGAGCCAGGAGCCUCUCCCUGAUGACGAUGAGGAGUUUGAGCUCCCGGAGUUUGUGGAGCCCUUCCUGAAGGAGACACCCCUCUACACCGACAACACAGCCAAUGGCAUCGCCCUCCUCUGGGCCCCUCGGCCCUUCAACCUGCGCUCUGGCAGGACCCGCAGGGCCCUCGACAUCCCCCUCGUCAAGAACUGGUAAGGGGGCUCUUAAAAACACAUUUCCCAAUGGCAUUUUUAGGUGGAGCUGGGAGAGACUCCUGCCUGAAAUCCAGCGGAGCUGCUACCAGUCAGUGUAGACAGUACUGAGCUAGGUGGACCAGCUUCCUGUGUUUCUUUUAGUCCUACCCAAAGUGGACAUGACUAACUUGGGUCCCUUAAAUUCAACAUGCCUCUGAGCAGAACUUGGUGAGAUACAACUGAGGGUGUUCUUUCAGUGUUCCGUUGUAAAUGCUUGAAGUGCUAACUUAGUGGUUGUAAACUUCCUGGCGCUAUCGCUGGAGAAGUAUAACAUGUUACUGUAUCUUAUUUUACUUUGUAAGAUUUAUACACUGCUUGAUUUUAAAAACACACUCAAAGUGAAUUACAGAAAAGGUAAACAAUGAAAUAAUCUUUAAGAAAAAUUAACAGCAAUAGACAUUCGAAAAGUUAGGAUAACAUCCUUCUAAAUAUUUGGGUAGACUUCUUUAAAUAGAAAUGUUUUUAGCAGGUGCCAGCCUGAUAUCAAUAGGUAGGGAGUUCCAAAACUUUUUGCCUUUGACUUCCAGGUACCGAGAGCAUUGCCCCGCUGGGCAGCCCGUCAAGGUCCGCGUCUCUUACCAGAAGCUGCUCAAGUACUACGUCCUGAAUGCUCUCAAGCACCGACCCCCCAAGGCCCAGAAGAAGAGGUGAGUGGCCCUCCCUGGAGGGGAGUCCGUAGCUCAGUGACAGAGGAUCUGCUUUGCAGGCAUAGGGGUCCUUGUUCAAGCCCCACUGACGUCUUGGGGAGGAGGGAAGGGUGUCGGGUGAUGGGAACUGGGCCUAGUGGACCAGGCAGCUUCCUGCCCCUUCAUGUGACACACAGCCUGCCUUCCCCUCUCUCCCCUCCAGGUACCUCUUCCGCUCCUUCAAGGCCACUAAGUUCUUCCAGUCGACCAAGCUGGACUGGGUGGAGGUGGGGCUGCAGGUCUGCCGCCAGGGCUACAACAUGCUCAACCUCUUGAUCCACCGCAAGAACCUCAAUUAUCUCCACCUGGACUACAACUUCAACCUGAAGCCCGUCAAGACCCUCACCACCAAGGUGCCGGCUCUGUUCCCCAACAGGGGCUGACGACCUCCAGUCAGUGAGGGGCCACAACACAGCCCCUUCCCGAGUCCCAUUCUGGUCACACUUCAUCCGUGAAAGGGAUUGUGGGUAGCUGCUGCCAGUCAGAGUCGUGGGAAGAUGGAGCUGGCCUUCCCUGUCAGCCAGCUCCUGCUCCUAGCCUGAUUUGGGGAGUGGGGCUUGGCAGCUGCUGCUGGAGCCUUGGGCAGCUUCUUCGGUGCAGUUGGUGUUGAGGGGUUCUGCACAGCACUCCUCUCCCUCCUCUUUGUCUGCAGGAGAGGAAAAAGUCCCGCUUUGGCAAUGCUUUCCACCUUUGCCGGGAGGUGCUGCGCCUGACCAAGCUGGUGGUGGACAGCCACGUCCAGUACAGGCUGGGCAAUGUGGACGCCUUCCAGGUAGGUCAUUCCCAGCCCAGCCCCUUUUCUGCUGCCAAGAAGGAAUGUAGCAGAAGAACGCAAGGAGAGCCUUCGGGGUCGGUUCAGAGGGGCCCUGUAAUAGUCCAGCUUCCUGUCUUUGUAGCAGCCAGCCAGCCAGCUGCCCCUUAAUCCACAAGCAGGAUCCUAGCACCAGAGUCCCCUCCCCUUCUGCCUUUUCCAGCAGCUGGCAUUUGGAAGCAUUGCUGCCUCUGACGGGGGGUGGGCAGAGCAUGGCCAUGCUGGCUAGGAGCCAUUGAUUGCCAUUAUCCCCCAUGAAUUUUUCCGGCCGUCUUUGGCAGCCUAUCUAGGUUAGCGGCCAUCACAGCUGGGUUCAGGAUUGCCCUCAGGGGCCCUCCCCUUCGGGGCAUAAGAGGACGCUCAACUCGAUAUGCUCCCCCCCCCAGUGUGACUCUUCAGUUCUGAAGGGAGGUGCAUGUCACUUGCAGAGAGGCUGUGCAAGUGCCCCCCCCCCAUUGUAAGAUAUUGGCCUCCUCUCUCUCUCUAAUCCCCAACUGCCCCCCUCUGCCCGCAGCUUUCAGACGGCCUCCAGUACAUCUUUGCCCACGUGGGGCAGCUGACGGGGAUGUACAGGUACAAGUACAAGCUGAUGAGGCAGAUCCGGAUGUGCAAAGACCUAAAGCACCUCAUCUAUUACCGCUUCAACACGGUGAGUCCAGCAGGGAGCCUGGAUGGGGGGUUGCAGCUGAGCUGGGAGUGGAAAGUGGAAGCGGGGGGAGGAACGGUGAUCUGCUGGGUUCCCCCACCCCAGUUUUUUAACAUGCUUUUCCUGCCCCCUUCUCCUAGGGGCCGGUGGGGAAGGGUCCUGGCUGCGGCUUCUGGGCGCCCGGCUGGCGCGUCUGGCUCUUCUUCAUGCGAGGCAUCACUCCCCUGCUGGAGCGCUGGCUGGGCAACCUCCUGGCCAGGCAGUUCGAAGGUGAGCCGAUGGGGAGGGAAGGGGGGGGGUUAUGUUGCUGUCCAUUUUGUGCCGCCUUUCAGCCAAGGAGGCUCCCAAGAUUAAGAAGGUGCCAAAUAAUGCAACUACAAAUGACAGAAAUUCAAAGCAUACCAACAGUAUUGAAAUCCAAAGACACCUGUGUUUGUGCUAGAAAAAGAGCAUUCCCUGCAAAAAUGUUAAGAGACAAAGAGGACGCCUGAGUAGCAUCUCUGCCUUAUAAGGUUCUUGGUUUGUCUGGGGUUUCCUGAGCCAUCUGGGUGGGAGCCCUUGCUGCAUAGCUAUUUGGCUGGCCUAGCCUUUCCUUCCCUGACCAACCUUUCCUUCCUCCCUUCUUAGGCCGUCACUCCAAGGGGGUGGCCAAGACUGUCACCAAGCAGCGCGUGGAGUCCCACUUUGACCUGGAGCUGCGCGCAGCCGUCAUGCACGACAUCCUGGACAUGAUGCCCGAGGGGAUCAAGCAGAACAAGGCCAGGACCAUCCUGCAGCACCUGAGCGAAGCCUGGCGGUGCUGGAAAGCCAACAUCCCCUGGAAGGCAAGUCCCUCCUGGCCCCUGGCUGCCCCCCAACCAAAUACCCAUCUAGGACAUUGGGAGCUGCCUUAGGGAGUCUGACCCUUGGUCUCCCUGGCCCACUGUUGGCCACACUGACUGGCAGAGGCUCCCCAGGGUUUCAGGCAGGCCUCUCUCCCAGUUAGAGAAUGAAAGGGUUGGAAGGGAACCCACACCCUGCAACGCAGAAAUCCCAGCUAACAAAUCCCUCAGCAGGUGGCCAUCUAACCUCUCUUUAGAAACUUAAGAAAGGAGAGUCCUCCACCUUUCCAGGGAGUAUGUGCCUUUCUCAGAACUUGAAUCCAUUGGUUUGAGUCCUGCCCUCCAGAGCAGCAGAGAACAAGCUUGCUCCUCCUUCCCUGUGACGGCCCUUGAGAUAUUGGGCUCUCAGUCGCCCCUUCUCCAGGCUAAACAUCACCAACUCCCCAGGUUGUAUCAGGACAUGCUGGGGAUUGAACCCAGGAUCAAUGAUCCUGUCCUCCUUCCACCUGAUGCCAACUCCUCCAGGCAGCCUGCCCUCUGUCCUUCCUGUCUUAGAAAUCUGUAUUUUAUUGAACUUCACAGAAUAACAAAAAGCAUAGACAAAACCAGAACUUGGAGUAAGUGUAUCUUUGACCUUAUGCAGCAUAGUAAAGGUCCUGUCCCACCCAGUGACCUCUCCCUCCCUCCCCCUGCCAGGUGCCAGGGCUGCCGACCCCCAUUGAGAACAUGAUCCUGCGCUACGUGAAGGCCAAGGCCGACUGGUGGACCAACACGGCGCACUACAACCGCGAGCGCAUCCGGCGCGGCGCCACCGUGGACAAGACAGUCUGCAAGAAGAACUUGGGCCGCCUGACGCGGCUGUACCUGAAGGCAGAGCAGGAGCGGCAGCACAACUACCUGAAGGUGGGGCCGGGUGGAGUGGGGCGGGGGGCUAUGGGGCGGCGCGGCGGAGAGACCCCUGCCUGACUGUGUGCCUGCUGUGCCUCCCCCACAGGAUGGCCCCUACAUCACGGCAGAGGAGGCCGUGGCCGUCUACACCACCACCGUCCACUGGCUGGAGAGCCGGCGCUUCUCGCCCAUCCCCUUCCCCCCGCUCUCCUACAAGCACGACACCAAGCUGCUCAUCCUGGCCCUGGAGAGGCUCAAGGAGGCCUACAGGUGAGCCAAGGGAAGGCGGGAGGCCACAGGCCACAUUGCGGGGCCCAAGCAGCGCUCUGGUCCAGUGCUGGUGGUCACCAGCCACAACGGCUAUGCAUCACUGCUGAAUAGCUGCUGGUGGAAGCUGCAGGAGGGGAGAGAGGGGCUCUUGCGGUCCUGCUUGGGGGCUUCCCUUUGGGGCACCUGGGUGGCUGCUGUGAGAAUGGGAUGUUGAGCCUGAUCCAGCAGCCAGGCUCUUCUCAGGUUCUCAUGGUGGCCUUGGGGAACCCUGUUUUCUGAGGAAUUGUGGCCGUUGAGGAAUGCCUCCCAUUCCAUGAAAUGUGACUUCCUUUCCUCCCUCCCAUGCAGUGUGAAGUCUCGGCUGAACCAGUCCCAGCGGGAGGAGCUGGGCCUCAUUGAGCAGGCUUACGACAACCCCCACGAGGCCUUGUCCCGCAUCAAGCGACACUUGCUGACCCAGCGAGCCUUCAAGGAGGUGAGGCUGUUGGAGGGGGGAGCGCCUACAGGGCCUCAGCAUCCCCAGAGUGGCGUCCUUGGGGUGCCCUUCCCUCGCCCCCUGCUGGCUGACUCCUCUUCAUCCUCUUUGGCCAGGUGGGCAUUGAGUUCAUGGACCUCUACAGCCACCUCGUCCCGGUCUAUGACGUGGAGCCCCUGGAGAAGAUCACAGACGCCUACCUGGACCAGUACCUGUGGUACGAGGCCGACAAGAGGCGCCUCUUCCCGCCCUGGAUCAAGCCGGCAGACACGGAGCCCCCUCCGCUGCUCGUCUACAAGUGGUGCCAGGGUGAGCCCUGUGGGGAGAGGGGGCCUGGGGCGGGGGGCUUCUUGGUUGUGCUGUGUAGGAAGUUGCCUGCUACUAAAUCAGGCUGUGGGUCCAUCUAGCUCAGCUUUGUCUGCAGUGACUGGCAGAGACACUCCAGGGGUUCAAGGGGGGGGGUUGCUUUUCCCAGUCAUACCUGUAGAUGCCAUCACAGGUGCUCUUGUCCGUGGGAAGCAUCCAUGUCUGCUUUGAGAGAGGGUUGGGUGUUUCCUAAUUGGGAAGAGGGUUGAGGAAGGCCUUGGCUGUUGAACUGCCAGCCCCUGAGCCUAUUCCUUGGCUCCAGUUCCUUCAGGGGGGUUUUGAGCAGGGCACAGCUGGCCUCGGGGGUUCCUUUCUUCCCUUCCUUCCUUAGCAGGAUGGAACUGGAUUGAGCUGGGCUCCUUCUCUUCCCGCCCUCCCUUCCCUUCCAGGCAUCAACAACCUGCAGGACGUGUGGGAGACCAGCGAGGGCGAGUGCAACGUCAUGCUGGAGUCUCGCUUUGAGAAGAUGUACGAAAAGAUCGACCUGACGCUCCUCAACAGGCUCCUGCGCCUCAUUGUUGACCACAACAUCGCCGACUACAUGACAGCCAAGAACAACGUGGUCAUCAACUACAAGGUGGGGCCUGGGGGCGCCUUCCUCUGAGGGCCCAGGGCCUCCUUCACACAGGCGGGGUCUGAGCUUGGCUGGCUGGGGCUUGUGCCCCCUCGGGCUGACCUGUCUCUUUCCUCCCCCAGGACAUGAACCACACCAACUCCUACGGCAUCAUCCGCGGCCUCCAGUUUGCCUCCUUCAUCGUCCAGUACUACGGCCUGGUGAUGGACCUGCUGGUGCUUGGCCUGCACCGCGCCAGUGAGAUGGCCGGCCCCCCGCAGAUGCCCAAUGACUUCCUCAGCUUCCAGGACAUUGCCACCGAGGUGGCCCACCCCAUCCGCCUCUUCUGCAGAUACAUUGACCGCAUCCACAUCUUCUUCAGGUACUGGGGGCCGUGGAGGGAGCAGGAGAAGGGGGGUGCUCCUGCAGAUAGGUGGCUCCAGGAGGAACGCCAAUGAGAUGAGGAGGGGCCCUCGUAGCUGAGUGGCGCACAGCAUGCAGAGGGCACUGGGUCCAGUUCCUAGUGGUGCCUCCAGGAAAGGCUGGGAAAACCUCCCUGCCUAAAAUCCUGCAGAGAUGCUACCAGCCAGUGUUGGCAACACUGAUCUGGAUGGACUGAUGGAGCGGCUCAAGGCAGCUUCCUACGAUCCCAUUGCUGAACUGGAAACACCCCCUUCCGCACACAGCCUGCCCAUGUCCAGCUUUGUGUCCUGGUGGUGUGGAGUUCUGACCCUCCUGACUUUGCCCUCUGCUGCUUCCUCAGGUUCACCGCCGAUGAGGCAAGGGACCUGAUUCAGCGCUACCUGACAGAGCACCCGGACCCCAACAAUGAGAACAUCGUCGGCUACAACAACAAGAAGUGUUGGCCCCGAGAUGCCCGGAUGCGGCUGAUGAAGCACGACGUCAACCUGUGAGUGGCCGGCUCCGGGGUCAAGUGGAGGGGCCGGUGGCCCUCCUGGCUCUGUGGCCAGAAAGUGGGUGGGUUGUGGGGCCUGCCUGGGCCAGGGGAUUGACGCCUCUUCCCUCCUGCCAGGGGCCGGGCCGUCUUCUGGGACAUCAAGAACCGCCUGCCGCGCUCGGUCACCACGGUGCAGUGGGAGAACAGCUUCGUCUCCGUCUACAGCAAGGACAACCCCAACCUGCUCUUCAACAUGUGCGGCUUCGAGUGCCGCAUCCUGCCCAAGUGCCGCACGAGCUACGAGGAGUUCACACACAAGGACGGCGUCUGGAAUCUGCAGAACGAGGUGGGGGCAGAGGGCGGGCUGUGUUUGGGGAUGGGGAACAGUCCCCUUUGGGUUCAGAGAGGCCACGGCCAAGUCAGUCCAUGGGAGGUGGUGCUUACUUUUGCAUGCUGGUCGAUGGAAAUCACAGCAGGGGAAAGUUGCUGCCGUUGUGCUUAUGUUCCCCUUCUGGGCUUCACUUUGAGGCAUCUGGUUCACCACUGUGUGGAAGUUUGGGCAAUGAUGGGGGCCCCUUGGCCUAAUCCUGCGGGCCUCUUCUGAUUACUUUCAAAGAGAAUUAGACAAGUUCACAGACAGGGCUGUGUUCUUUCUCCACUGUUGGAGACAGAAGUGCAGGGAGUGAAUCACCAGUGCAGGGAAUGCUGCUUGUGGACUUUCCUUUGAGGGUGCCUAGUUGGUCAGGGUGAGAACAGGAUGCUGUGCUAGGUAGAAUCAAAGAAGAAGAGUUUGGAUUUGAUAUCCCGCUUUAUCACUGCCCAAAGGAGUCUCAAAGCAGCUAACAUUCUCCUUUCCCUUCCUCCCCCACAACAAACACUCUGUGAGGUGAGUGGGGCUGAGAGACUUCAGAGAAGUGUGACUAGCCCAAGGUCACCCAGCAGCCGCAUGUGGAGGAGCAAGGAAGCGAACCCGGUUCACUAGAUUACGAGUCUACCGCUCUUAACCACUACACCACACUGGCUCUUCUCAUAAAAGAAUUAUAGAGUUGGAAAGGACCCCCAAGGACCCCCUAAUCUGACCCCUGUGAUGCCAGCACGGCUAAAGAAUCCCUGGCUGGUGGCCCCAAACUUCCAAAGAAGGAAAGUUCACUCUCAGAAAGUUCUUCCUGAGGUUUAGUCCUUUGGCCUGAUCCAGCACUGCAGGGCUCUCCUGAAGUCCUUGCUCUGGCUACUCUUUCAGGUGACCAAGGAGCGGACGGCUCAGUGCUUCCUGCGGGUGGACGAUGAAUCCAUGCAGAGGUUCCACAACCGGGUCAGGCAGAUCCUGAUGGCCUCCGGCUCCACCACCUUCACCAAGGUCAGGAGAGAGGCAUGUCUUUGGGCCUGGGGUGUGUUUGCGUAGUCUCAACGCAGAGUCUCUGAGGCCUGGCCCUCCCCUCUCUGCUUUUCAGAUCGUGAACAAGUGGAACACGGCCCUGAUUGGGCUGAUGACCUACUUCCGGGAGGCCGUGGUGAACACCCAGGAGCUGCUGGACCUGCUGGUGAAGUGCGAGAACAAGAUCCAGACUCGGAUCAAGAUUGGCCUGAACUCCAAGAUGCCCAGCCGCUUUCCGCCGGUCGUCUUCUACACCCCCAAGGAGCUGGGGGGCCUGGGGAUGCUGUCCAUGGGGCACGUCCUCAUCCCCCAGUCUGACCUCAGGUGAGCUGGGAGGAGGGAGGCCGGGUGGGGUGGGGAGGGAGGGAGCGGAAAGACCUUCCGGCAGGGACUUCUCUCCACCCACACCUUCUCCCCUCUUCCCUGCAGGUGGUCCAAGCAGACGGAUGUGGGCAUCACCCACUUCCGCUCAGGGAUGAGCCACGAGGAGGACCAGCUGAUCCCCAACUUGUACCGCUACAUCCAGCCAUGGGAGAGCGAGUUCAUUGACUCCCAGCGGGUGUGGGCCGAGUAUGCCCUCAAGAGGCAGGAGGCCAUCGCUCAGAACAGGUGCGCUUGAGAGGCAGGAGAGCGCCUCCUUCUCCUCCCUCCCUGGUGGGGCAGGAGAGGAAGAGUGAGGAGCCAGCUGCAGCCUUGUCUCUCCCCCUCUCCUUCCCAGGCGCCUGACUCUGGAGGAUUUGGAGGACUCGUGGGACAGGGGCAUCCCUCGCAUCAACACCCUCUUCCAGAAGGACCGCCACACCCUGGCCUACGACAAGGGCUGGAGGGUCAGGACAGAUUUCAAGCAGUACCAGGUAGGAGGGUCCCUGGCUUCCAUAAACCUGUCCCCAGUGCCCUCUCACCCUGCCCUGCAAAAAGCAUCGCUCAGAAGAGCGGUCUGCACAACCCGACCAAGGACGGUGGUAACACAUCAGAAUUCAGUAACAAUUAAUUGUACAUUUGUUCAGAACGAAAUUGAAAUUACUAAGCUUAAUUAAUUCAGCAAAACUGAUAAAUGUCAUCUGGUGAGCCCAGCUUUUCAGAGUCUGGCAGUUAUAUUCACCUCCAGUAGGGAACUCCCCUGCCCCACUGGGCUAGGUGAGGACUGGGGGCCCAUGACCAGCCCUUCCCUCUUUCUCUUACAAGGGCUGGUGGCUUGGCAAGCGACAAAACCUUCCCCCCCCCAAACUGCCCAGGGGUGUUGAGCCCUCUGCUCUUGUUCCUCUCCGCCUGACGCUUCUCCUCCUCUAACGUUCUCCCCCUGCCCCUUCCAGGUCCUGAAGCAGAACCCGUUCUGGUGGACCCACCAGCGCCACGACGGGAAGCUCUGGAACCUGAACAACUACCGCACGGACAUGAUCCAGGCGCUGGGCGGGGUGGAGGGCAUCCUGGAGCACACCCUCUUCAAGGGCACCUACUUCCCAACCUGGGAGGGUCUCUUUUGGUAAGGAGGAUCGGGAGUGUGGAAGAGAGAGGUCAGAAGACCCUUGCGCGACUCCAGGCCUGAGCUCAGGCCUCACCAUGCCUGUGUUUUGCUUCUAGGGAAAAGGCUUCCGGGUUUGAGGAGUCCAUGAAGUGGAAGAAGCUGACCAACGCCCAGCGCUCGGGUCUCAACCAGAUCCCCAACAGAAGGUUCACCCUCUGGUGGUCUCCCACCAUCAACAGGGCCAACGUGAGUCUCCUACUGGCUUGGGAGGGGGGGCUACUCCUGAGUCAUCUCUUGAGGGGCAGCUGGUGAGGACAUCAACUCUGUCUCUCCUCCGCACCUCCCAGCUUUCCACUUCUGAGGUUUUGUGGCGCUUCCCCCCUUUUCCUGAAUGUCUGCCCUUCUCCUUGCAGGUAUACGUGGGCUUCCAGGUGCAGCUGGACCUGACAGGCAUCUUCAUGCACGGCAAGAUCCCCACGCUGAAGAUCUCCCUCAUCCAGAUCUUCCGGGCCCAUUUGUGGCAGAAGAUCCAUGAGAGCAUUGUCAUGGACUUGUGCCAGGUGAGGAGGCGGCCAAGCGGGGCAGGAGCAGCAGCCCUAUGCUUAGUCUUGGGCAGUCUGGCUCAGGCUGCCCCCUCUGACUGGCAGCAGCAUCUCUCCGGGGUUGCAGGCUAGUGGAUUUUCUCCACCACCACUGCCCUCCUUGGAGAUGCUGCUGGGGUGAAGCUGGGACAUUCUGAGCCUCAAGUGGAGGGAAAACCACCUCCUCUGCACCAAAUUGUGGGGGGGGGGGCAGAGGCUGUAAGAGGGUUUGUUAAGCGAACCUUCCGGCACAGUGAAUGAGUCUCUAGGCUUUGCAGAAACCUCUUAAGCCUCUGGGUGAGGCAGGACUCAGAGGGAUCCCUCUGUUGCUGCUGCCUUCUUGGGGGAGUGGUGGUGACUUCUGGGCCCACGGGGCUGUUCUGAGUGGUCCACUUCUCCCCAGGUGUUUGACCAAGAGCUGGACGCCCUGGAGAUUGAGACAGUGCAGAAGGAGACGAUCCACCCCAGGAAGUCCUACAAGAUGAACUCCUCCUGCGCAGACAUCCUCCUCUUUGCUUCCUACAAGUGGAACGUCUCCCGUCCCUCCCUGUUGGCAGACUCCAAGUGAGUCCGUCUGCUUCUUCCCACUGAGGGCAAGCGGGGAUGGAGGGGGGAGGAGGAGGAGGGGCACCCCCUUGGGGUGGCGGCAAGGCUCCUGGGCUUGCCGAGUGCCAUGCCAACGGCUGCCUGCUUCCUGUGCAGGGACGUGAUGGACAGCACCACCACCCAGAAGUACUGGAUCGACAUCCAAUUGCGCUGGGGCGACUACGACUCCCACGACAUUGAGCGUUAUGCCCGGGCAAAGUUCCUGGACUACACCACGGACAACAUGAGCAUCUACCCAUCUCCCACCGGUGUCCUCAUCGCCAUCGACCUGGCCUACAACCUGCACAGGUGAGGGGGUGUUUUCCAGGGGAUGCAAAGUAGGUUGGGGUCCCAGCAGGAUUUGGGGGGUCGCCUCUUAAUAGGGACCUAAGAAGAGCCUGUCUAAUCUCCUUUGGGAGAAAGGGAGAAACACAGGGUAGCCCAGGUGGGUUGGCAGGGAAUCGCCCUGUAAAGUAGACACGCAGAAUGCCUGGCUUAAAAGCAAUUAUGCUAAAGGUGAGGGGACUGGGAAACCCUGUCAAAAGAAAACACAUCACCUCGUACAUAAACACCAUGAAACCCCACACGGCCUUCUUACAAGACGUUCACAGCUCACCCAAAUGAAUCAAACUCCUGAGCAAACCCUGCUUCAGUCAGCAGUGGGCAGCACUCGGAUCAGGAAAAGCUCAUGGAGUAGCCAUAGUACUCAGAGACUUGAAUUUUUAAUUAUUAUUUUAUUUAUACCCCACCCAUCUGGCUGGGUUUCCCCAGACACUCUAGGUGGCUUACAGCAUAUAUAAAACAUAGUAAAAUAUCAAACACUAAAAGCCACAACAGUGCUAAAAGACAAAGGAGGCGGAUUCGUUUUCGCUAAAGAUGGCAAAACUAAACUGACAGUCGGCUUCAUAUAUGCCCCUUUGAGAGAAAGGGCAGGAUAGAAGUUUAGAUAAAGCAAAAAUAAACAGCCCGGCACCUUGAUGCCCUAUUGAGAAGCUCACAAACAAGGUCUGAGCAUCUCCGCACAGUCCGCACCUUGUCCUCCAGCGACCGGGAUUCAGAAGCAGACCUCCCCCGGCAGCGGAGGGAGUCUGCUGCCUCCAGCAAUCAGUGGUAGCCUUGUCCCCUUCCGUGAAUUUGAGCAGUCCUUUAGAAGAAGAGCCUGUCUGCUAGAUCAAGCCCAGAGGGGCCCAUCUCCUCCAUCUUUGCACAAUAGCCAGCCAGAUGCUAUCAUUGGAAGCCCAUGAGCAGGACCAGGGGCAACAGCAUGCUCCCUUCCUGCAAUUCCCUUCAGCUUCUGUUACUCAGAGGUCGAGCAUAGCUAUAGUUGCCUGUACCCCACCCAUAAGCUUCUCCUGUGACUACCAAAAAGUAGAUAAGCAAGCCAACCAUACCAGACCCCGAGCUUUCUUUGGUCCACAGAAUGGGUCCCCAUAUAGGUGACUGCGACCACCCUGGAGGAACGGGAAUGUCUGUGCAGCCAGCUGUGUGGAAGGGAGGGGAGGGGCUGGCUCUGACCUGUGACCCUGACCUUCCCCCUGCUUGGCUUCCCCAGCGCCUACGGGAACUGGUUCCCCGGGAGCAAGCCCCUGAUCCAGCAGGCCAUGGCUAAGAUCAUGAAGGCGAACCCGGCUCUGUAUGUCCUGCGGGAGCGGAUCCGGAAGGGGCUGCAGCUCUACUCCUCUGAGCCCACCGAGCCCUACCUGUCCUCCCAGAACUACGGGGAGCUCUUCUCCAACCAGAUCAUCUGGUUUGUCGACGACACCAACGUCUACAGGGUCACCAUCCACAAAGUGAGAGCCACCACUGACCCUGCGGGCUGGGGAGGAGGCGGCCUGUCCGCGGCCUGAGAGAUCUCCCAGUGCUGCUGUAACCUGCUUUGAACCGGGGGGGGGGGGAGGGCAACGGAGGGUCUAGAAACUCAAGGGCUUGUUCUUUCCCCUUCCAGACCUUUGAAGGGAACCUGACGACCAAGCCCAUCAAUGGGGCCAUCUUCAUCUUCAACCCCCGGACGGGGCAGCUCUUCCUGAAGAUCAUCCACACCUCCGUGUGGGCGGGGCAGAAGCGGUUGGGCCAGGUGAGGAGGCGGGGCCUGGGCCAGCUCUGCGGCCACCUGUACACGCGCCUGUGGCUUGGCUGCUUUGGCGCCAGAGUUUUAAAAGGAGCCAUUGGGCCAAUGGCAGGGCUGGUUCUUUACUCAGCGCCUUCUCUUCCUUUUCUCCCUCCCCAUCCCUUUUCCAGCUAGCCAAGUGGAAGACGGCUGAGGAAGUGGCGGCCCUGAUCCGCUCCCUGCCCGUUGAGGAGCAGCCGAAGCAGAUCAUCGUCACUCGGAAGGGCAUGUUGGACCCUCUGGAGGUGGGUUGGGGUCUUUGUCUUGGGAUGGGGGUGACUCCCUUGGCACCUGCAGAGUCUGCUCUCCUCCAGGUGGCGCUGGAGACCUCUGGCCUCACCCUGCUCUCCUGACCCGCCUCUCUUCUCUCUCUCUCUCCUCCCAGGUGCACUUGCUGGAUUUCCCCAACAUCGUCAUCAAAGGCUCGGAGCUCCAGUUGCCCUUCCAGGCCUGCCUGAAAGUGGAGAAGUUCGGGGACCUCAUCCUGAAGGCCACAGAGCCCCAGAUGGUGCUCUUCAACCUCUACGACGACUGGCUGAAGACCAUUUCCUCCUACACGGUGAGGCUGGGGUGGGAGAGCCCCUCCAGCAGAAACUGGCAUCUGCCAGGGGCUUGGAGCAUGGUGGCAUCCCCUCUGGCAAAGCUCUGGAGGCUUCCCAGAGAAGGAGUCCCUCCUCAGCAAGAUCCAGCCGCAGAUGCCCACCCUUUGGGACGCACUUGCAUCCCUGUUCACCUGCCUCCCUCUCUCUCUGCCUGCAGGCCUUCUCCCGCCUGAUCCUCAUCCUCCGGGCUCUGCACGUAAACAACGACCGGGCCAAGGUCAUCCUGAAGCCAGACAAGACCACCAUCACGGAGCCUCACCACAUCUGGCCCACCCUGACGGACGAGGAGUGGAUCAAAGUGGAGGUGCAGCUGAAGGACUUGAUCUUGGCCGACUAUGGGAAAAAGAACAAGUAAGAGGCUCCCUAGCCUUUUCAGCCAGAGGGACACAUUCCUUCUUUGGGGCGGGGACAAGCACAUGCCUCUCGUGGAGGGGCAGGGGCAUACGAGGAAUGGAUGCAGAGGAUGUGCGCAGGGUCCAUGUUGGUUCUUGUGGAGAGAGGCAGUCCUUGAGGCAUUGCACUCUUUGGACUUCCCUGAGCUUGACCCCCUUCUCCCCCAUCUUAGCACCAGCCGCAAUUUUUAAGAAGCAGAGGGAGGGAGGGAGGUUUGUCCUGCUGCCUUAGCAGGUGCCAUGGUAGGAGAGUGUCUCCCUGCCUCUGCCUGCCCGAUCUCACCUUUCCUGGCUCCUCUCUCGCCAGCGUGAACGUGGCCUCCCUGACGCAGUCUGAGAUCCGGGACAUCAUCCUGGGCAUGGAGAUCUCUGCCCCUUCGCAGCAGCGCCAGCAGAUCGCCGAGAUCGAGAAGCAGACCAAGGAGCAGUCGCAGCUGACGGCCACCCAGACACGGACCGUGAACAAGCACGGCGAUGAGAUCAUCACCUCCACCACCAGCAACUACGAGACUCAGACCUUCUCCUCCAAGACAGAGUGGCGUGUCAGGUGGGCAGCCGAGGGGCUGGCGGUGGCAGCAGCAGCUGUGGCCUUGGGUGAGGCGGGGGCGUGUCUGGGUCCUCCAGUAACCCCCUUCCUCUUCCUCCUCGUCUCCCUCCAAACAGGGCCAUCUCCGCUGCCAACCUCCACCUGCGGACAAACCACAUCUACGUCUCGUCGGAUGACAUCAAGGAGACAGGCUACACUUACAUCCUUCCCAAGAAUGUCCUGAAAAAGUUCAUCUGCAUAUCAGACCUGCGUGCUCAGGUGCCCUGGCCGGUGGUGGUGAAGGCGGGGCUGGUGGCGGUUGAGGGAGUAACGGACUUGGGCCCUGGGGGGGUCUUUGCUCUCUCUCUCUGUGCCCCAUGGCUCUUUUCCCCUCCUCCCAACUAACUGGCUGGCUGCGUUCUUGCCCACAUUCUGUUCCCCUCCUGAUCUCACUGAUACCCGCUGCCAGUAUUAUUCCUCAGCAAAAAUGUUUUCAAUGCUAGGAAUUUUCUCUUUGGGGAUAGGGAGGAGUCCAGAAUAACACAGUGUCAGCCAGUAAAAUUGUGUGUGACAAAGACAAAUAGUUAAUUAGAGAGGGAGGGAGGCUUUAUAACUAGGCCAGAAGUUGGUCAUAAAAUUGACACAACUUUCAGUUCUCUUUUCCUCAUGAAAACUAACACUCCAGAACAUCACAACUGUUCUUCCUGUUGUGCUUUGUGUACAAUGUCAGUGCAACGUAGACGGCACGGCUCUGAUGUUUUUGUCAUAUACUGUGAAGCUUUGCUGCCCCCUGAAUUCCAGCUCAACCUUCUCUACCCCUUGGGUCUUCUUGCUGUCAUUGUGGGGAUCAUCUGUAGGCCUCCGGAUGAUGCUGGACUCCAGCUCCCAGCAGCCAGCAGGGCCAGGGACCAGGGGUGAUUAUGAUGAUGAUGGGAGUUGUAGGUCAGCAACCACUGGAGGGCCAGUCAUUCCCCCGCCUGUUUCACUGGAUCUGAUUUUUUCCUGUGUGUGCCUUGAACCCUUGUUCCCUUCCUGUCUACUGACCUAUUUCAUCCGACUUGGUUCUGUGGGGCUUCCUGGGCCUUUUGCCUCCUGGGGGCUGCUUUGCCAAAGCCUCUCACUGAGGCUGGUGUGCCUUUUCUCCCCCCCCCCAGAUUGCAGGAUACCUGUAUGGGGUGAGCCCCCCAGACAACCCCCAGGUGAAGGAGAUCCGGUGCAUCGUGAUGGUGCCUCAGUGGGGCACUCACCAGACUGUCCACCUUCCUGGCCAGCUGCCCCAACACGAGUAUCUCAAGGUGCGUCUGGCCUGGGCACCCCAAACGUGGCAGGGGAGGCAGCUCUGGGUGUCUUGAUGAUGGGCCUUUAUCUUGUGCCUCUGGGGGAGGAAGUCAUGAGUGGUUAAUGCAGCAGCAACACAGUUCUAUCCUUGAAUUUUUGAAUCAUUCCAAGGUAAUUUAGGAACAUGACUAAAUAAUAAGGUCUGUGGUCUUUUUUUAGAAAACACAGACCUUGGGUGUUAGUCGCAUCCCAGCAGGGAUUUGCUGCUCCUUCUUGCCACCAUCUUUGUGCUGCUUCUGGUCACCCACCAGUGGGCUGGAGGGGGCAGAGGAACAACAGAGCCCCACGGCAGGGCACAGCGGCUUGGGCCUGCCUGCGUUCCUUGUGGAGAUGUCUGGCUUGCUCUGUCCGUUAGCCAGCGGCGCCCCACCCCACCCCCUUUGGGAAGCCUCCCCCUGCCGUCAGCCCUGGAAGGAGUCAGCGAUGACUUUCUCUCACUUUUUCAGGAGAUGGAGCCCCUGGGGUGGAUCCACACGCAGCCGAAUGAGUCGCCCCAGCUCUCCCCACAGGACGUCACAACCCAUGCCAAAGUCAUGGCCGAGAACCCCUCUUGGGAUGGCGAAAAGACCAUCAUCAUCACCUGCAGGUGAGUCCCAGAGGCAGGAGAGGCUGUGGGCCCUGCUUGGAGGCUGGAGCAAUCACUAUUGCACCUGGGCAGUGUGCUUUUGGCGCUGGGCGUCUUGGAUCCCCUUGGAGGGCACAGGUGGGAACUGAGCUCUGCUGAGGAGGAGGGCGGAACAGAACUUGCCCUGUUCCUUGUCUUCACCCCGGGUUUCUCCCCUGCCCAGCUUCACCCCCGGCUCCUGCACCUUGACGGCCUACAAGCUGACCCCCAGCGGCUACGAGUGGGGCAGGCAGAACACCGACAAAGGGAACAACCCCAAGGGCUACCUGCCCUCUCACUACGAGAGGGUGCAGAUGCUGCUCUCGGACCGCUUCUUGGGCUUCUUCAUGGUGCCAGCGCAAGGCUCUUGGAACUACAACUUCAUGGGUGAGUUGAGGCGGAGGGGUUUCUGCUGCGAUGGCCCAUCCCAUAAUGAGCCUCUUCCUCUUCUCUCCAGGCUGAUGGGCCUAUGACCUAGAAGCAGCUCUUCCUGGUUAGCCUUCUCUCCGGUCAAGACCCGCCUCCUUCCCUCCCCAGGAUCUUUCCCCCCGACUGAUCCAGUCCCCUUAAGCUCUGAGCUUUUGUGUCUGGUGGCAGAGAUGAGGCUGCUGAGAAAACCAGCCAGCUGUGCCCACCACCCCACCUGCACCUUCGCUUCCUGCCAGGCAGGAUGUAGCCGUUCUGCUCGGAAAGGAAACGGAGGGGAGGAGGGCAGCCUUACUUCUGCCCUUCCUGCUGAGCAGCAGAAUCAGCCUAGGGCAGGGAUUGGGGGCAAGAGAUCUGUGGCACUUGAUAUGUUGUUGGACUCCCCGCUCCCACCAGCCCUGGCUGCUGGGAGUCCGUAAAGCAUCUGGAGACGCCACAGAACUCCCCAUCACAUGUCGGCCUAGCCUCAGCCCCGCCUUGAUGUUUUCUCACCAUCCAUUCCUGGCACCAAAGUAGGAGCCAUUGAAGCUGAAUGUCAGAAGAUUCAGGGCAGGUAAAAGGAAGGACUUCUUCAUGCAGCGCAGACUGUGGAACUCACCCCCACAGGAGGCAGGGAUCGCCACCCACUUGGAUGGCUUUAAAAGAGGAUUAGAGGGCAAUCAAGGAAGUGGGGGGCAGGGGCUAUCGAUGGCUACGAAGCCACAGUGGCUGUGCUCUGCCUCCAGACACCAGUUGGUAGAAACCCCAGGAGGGGAGAGUUGCUCUUGUGUUCGAAUCCUGCUUGCUGGCUUCUAACAGGGGCAUUUGGGUGGCCCCUACGAGAAGAGGAGACCGGACCAGAUGGGACUGAUGGCGGUGUUUGUGUCUCCCCCCCCUUGCAGGUGUCCGUCAUGAUCCCAACAUGAAGUACGAGCUGCAGUUGGCGAACCCCAAAGAGUUCUACCACGAGGUCCACCGCCCCUCUCACUUCCUCAACUUCGCCCUCCUGCAGGAAGGGGAGGUGUACUCUGCCGACCGAGAGGACCUCUACUCCUAG